AAUAUGCGCUGGUCCAACACUGCUGUAAUGUCCUUCUGCAAUGUCUGCAUCAGCAUCAGAACCUGGGUGCUGGAAAACCUAGUUGCAUUAGUGUCUCCGAUUUAGCAGGUUUCGAAGAGGCCCUUUGUCAGGACGUCUCAACUGAAUGACUGGUGUUGGCUGCAGUUAGUGUUUAGUUGCGGACAAAAGGUGGAAGAAGCCCUUCAGAGGUGUUUCUCUGGUGACGCUUGGCUCGGGAGAGAAUGGAACAGAACAACAGCUUGCCCCCAUAUGCACAAGGCCUGGCGUCUCCGCAGGGUGCCAUGACGCCUGGCAUGCCUCUGUUCAGCCCCAUGAUGCCCUACGGCACGGGGCUGACGCCACAGCCCGUUCAGAGCACCAACAGCCUCUCUCUGCUGGAGGAGCAGCAGCGGCAGCAACAACAACAACAGCAGCAGCAGCAACAACAACAGCAACAGCAGCAGCAGCAGCAGUCCACGUCCCAGCAGGGCGUGGUGCAAGCUUCCUCAGGCCAGACGCCACAGCUCUAUCAUUCCCAGACCGUCACGACCACCGCCCUUCCCGGAAACACCCCCAUGUACACCACCCCACUCACCCCCAUGACCCCUAUCACCCCGGCCACGCCUGCGUCCGAGAGCUCCGGCAUCGUGCCCCAGCUCCAAAAUAUAGUGUCCACUGUAAACCUGGGCUGUAAGCUCGACCUAAAAACAAUAGCACUGCGAGCCAGAAAUGCUGAAUAUAAUCCAAAGCGAUUUGCAGCCGUAAUUAUGAGAAUACGGGAACCAAGAACAACUGCCCUCAUCUUCAGCUCUGGGAAGAUGGUGUGCACUGGAGCAAAGAGUGAGGAACAGUCACGAUUGGCAGCCAGAAAAUAUGCCAGAGUGGUCCAGAAGUUGGGCUUUCCAGCAAAGUUCCUGGAUUUUAAGAUUCAGAAUAUGGUGGGAAGCUGCGAUGUCAAGUUCCCUAUAAGACUUGAAGGUCUGGUCCUAACACAUCAGCAGUUUAGCAGCUAUGAGCCCGAGUUGUUCCCAGGCUUAAUUUACAGAAUGAUCAAGCCCAGAAUUGUACUUUUAAUAUUUGUGUCUGGAAAAGUUGUACUAACAGGUGCAAAGGUGAGAGCAGAAAUUUACGAAGCAUUUGAAAACAUCUAUCCCAUCUUAAAAGGAUUCAGGAAGACCACGUAACUGGUUUUAUGAAAAACCUUUGCUUUUUUUUUUUCCCUCAAGAAAUUCAGUAGUGUUAUCAUCCAUGAACUUGGGACUUGGCCUCAUGGAAGACUGAGGUGUGUUAUUAAUGGGAAUGAAGUUGGAAUUCCUGCACUGCCUUCCUGUGGUGAGGAAUUCUAGGAGCCCGCUUUAUUUUAGCUGUCAGAUUUGCUUUUAAAUAAGUUGUCUUGCCUGGUACUUCAGGAGAAGAAUCGUCAACCAAGCUACAUUAGUUUUUAAAAUACAUUUUUUAAGUGUUUUAAGUUUAAUCUUCAUUUUAAUAUUGUUUUUACCAGGCAUUUAAAUGUAAACAUAUUGGGAUUUUCCAUACAUUCCUUUGUCAGACGUUCUUCAAAGACCUGAAUGUUAAGUUUCUGUGCUCAGAAAUUUUUGUAGGAAUGAACAAGAAGUUUUUUUACCAAGUUAAUGCAAGUCUAGUUGGUCCAAGUUCAGAGUAUUAAAUAUAACUUCAGUAACGACUACAGACUACAAUAUAAUACUAUCAUAAAAUAUCAAAGCUUAAAAUGGAGCUAUUUUUAUAAUUUUUCCACAUUCUUUAAAUUGUUAGGCAUUAUGGUAAAAUCACAAUGUAUAUGAUUUAAUGAAGACCUAAGGAUGCCGUUUUUUUAUCAUUUUAGAAGGUGGCAAGGUUGAAAUUUAUAAAGAGUAAGGACUUGUCUCACCUGAGAAACAGAACCUGGGAAUUUAAAGUUACUGUACCUGCAAAUCGUCCUUUAUUUAUUUUUUACAAAUGUGUAUAUAUUUCUUGCAGGGGCAUUUAAUCAUUUUCGAACUUACUCCCAAUAAAGCAGUUAAAAACUCCCCUGAGAAUCUUUAUAUGCGUCUUCCCUCCAAUUGGAUUAGAAUUGAAAAGGUACUCCUUGUAUAUAGCUAUAUGUGGCUUUGAUGCUUCCCAAGCUCUGGCUGUGCAAAGUACAGUAUUUCAAUGGUGUCUAGAAGUUUUUUUUCCCAGGUGCAUUUUUACUUUUGUGUAUUUGUCAUACUGUACACAAUUAAAUCA